UGUGUGUGUGUGUGUGUUUGGUCAGUGAGCGUCGGGAUGCAGAAAGGACUGAAGAAGUACUUCGUCAACAUGGACGAGUAUCUGAGCAGCCUGGGGCUCUACAGGAAGAUGGUGGCGCGAGACGCCUCCAGCCUCUUCCGGGCUGUGUCCGAACAGUUGUACUACUCUCAGAACUACCACCAGAGGAUCCGUCAGGAGUGUGCAGACUUCAUGAGAGCCAAUAGAUGCAACUUUGAACCGUUUGUUGAAGGAUCAUUUGAGAAAUAUCUGGAGCGUCUGGAGGACCCCAAGGAGACGGUGGGUCAGGUGGAGAUCAAGGCUCUGUCACAGCUCUACAGGCGUUGUUUCCUGAUCUACCGUUACCCGGGGAAAGCAGCCACGGUGAUCUCAGAGGACAACUUCAUCGACAAGGUGAAGAAUGAUAAUCAGGUGACGCUGUGUUGCUCCAUCAACGGUCACUAUGACAUCGUGUACUCAAGGAGUUACCCGGCCUCGGCAGCCCUCUGUCAGUCUCUGUUCUACGAGCUGCUCUACACCAAGGUGUUUGGCUUCGAGGAGGCGGAGCUCUGUCAGGCCAUGGAGGCCUUCAGGGUCGGAGGUCGUCGCUAUAGAAACAGCCAGUCCAUGUGUAGCGACGCGGACUUCAGCUACGACACACCUGAGGACCGCAAUCACAGGGAGGAGCCGGAGGCGGGUGGAGUUGCCGAGGAAAAACUGCGAGUGUCAACCGACGAAUCAAAGCCUCCUGCAGAAGCCCCGCCCCCCUCCUCCAGAGUGUCUCUUCCUUAUAAGGUCAUGAAGUCUCUGGAUGCAGAUGUGUACAGGAACCUGGAGUUUGACGUGUGGCAGGACACCUGCAAAGAGAUGCAGAAGACAGACUACAUGGUGUUUGCUGGGAGGCAGUACUUCCUGGGAGACAAGUGUCAGGUGCGUCUGGAGCCGAAGGGGAAGUACUACAACGCCUUCAUCCAGGAAGUAGGAACGCACUCGUCAGCUGUCACCGUGUUCAUCGAGGAGCUGGGAGAGAAACAUCUGGUUCCUCUCACCGAUCUCAAACCUGUGAAUCCAGUUCCUGCCUGGAACGUUGCAGCUCCUGCCAGGAAAGGAGACCUGGACUCUGACUCUCGUGGUCAGCGCCAUCACCGCCACCGGUACUUCAGGAAGUCUCGCGGCAGCAGCGGCAUGAAGGGGGCGGAGCUUCUGAUGGCGCCGUCGUCCUCGUACGGCGGCCCCCCUCCCUCCGCCCUGCCCCCCCGCUUCCAGCCCGCCGGACACCUGCGCGCCCCCCCUCCCCUCUCUCCGGGCGCCAUGACCUACGACCCCUACGCCCCCCCACACCACCACCACGCAGCCGCCAGGCCGCCUCGCUACGGAGCCUCCAGAAGCUCCACCCGUUUCCUGAACCGUCACCUGAUUGGUCCUCAGUUGGCGUAUUACCACCCUGGCAGGAGAUAUUACCAUGACUACGAUAACUACGCCUUCAGGUCAAGGCGCAGUCGGCGCCAGCUGGCCGCGGCCCUCAACAAAGAGUGUCAGUUUGGUUUCUCUGCGGAGACGGUGGACGAGUCGAGCGACCUGGAUGGAAACAUCACGUACUACCAGCUGGACAACGGCAGCGAGGCCGUCUUCCCCCCUCUACCGGGCCCGGCUGGAGCCCCGCCCCCCUCCAUGGGAGCCCCCCCCCCUCCGUCUGGCUCCGCCUACCGUGUUCAGAGAGGCUCGGCGCCAUCGGCGGCUCCGCCCGGAAACACCGCCGUCUGUUCAUCAGAGGAGGACCAGGAGGACGCCAGCACCGCGGAGGACCAGGCCGAGUACACGGAGGAUUACAUCUACAUCACUGAGGAUCAGAGCUACCAGACCUCAGGCGUCUACAGCGCUGCAGAGCCCCCCCAAACACAGGACGAGCAAGACGGAGGAAGUGCCGACUCUCCACCAAGACCUGAGAUAAACUACAGCUACACACAGCAGGUGGUGAAGCCAUUAGCAGUCAUCUGCUCUUCACCUUCCUCUUCCUCCUCUUCACCUUCGUCUCCGUCGUCACGAGUUCCUGCAGCUGCUCACCUGCCGGCUGCCACACAGACACGCUCAGUUGCCAUGGCGAUUCCCGCCUCCUCUCCCUGGUUGGUUAACGAGAUGGGCGAGCCUCUCUGUGCUGUGGUGGCUCCGCCCCCUUACUCCUACGAUCCUAACGGCAGCGAUUUACCCAGAGACUGCAGAGUCCUACAGUAUUACUUCAACCUCGGAAUCCAGUGGUACCAUCAGAGCUGCUGGCAGCAGCAGCAGCAGGUGUACCCCACCUCCUCCCCGGACUCCUCCUACUCCUACCAGCACUACCCCCCCUACCUGAGCCAGGAGCCCCCCCUGCACGCUGCCCCCCCCUCGUACCCCGAGAUGGCUCGGGGGUCCCAUCAGCCCCCCUCCUCCUACCCAGAAUCCAGCAGGGCAGCAGACGGACAGCCGGACGGACACGGCGGCGGCCCCUCCCCCUCCAUGGAUGGCUCCUCCCCCCUAAGCCCCGCCCCUCCAGGCUCCGCCCCCUCUGCUCUGCUGUAUCAGGACCAAACGCUCCCCCCUCCCCCGCUGCUGCACCUGCCGUAUGAAGCUCCGCCCCCGGCCGCCUACCUGCCCUCCGCCCCUUCCCCUCACCCCCCCCACCUGGCCCACCACCCCCCCUACCACGCCUGCCUCCCCCCCGCCACCCACUGGGGGGCGCUGCAGAGCGGGGGCGGAGCCACGCGCAUCUACUGCCCCGCCCCCAACCCUGGCCACAUGGUGGGUUACAUCACAGGCCCCCCCGCCCACCACACGACCACGCACUACCUCCCCUCCGCCAUGUAACGCUCACUGUUAGCUACACGCUAACAGCACCCUGUGUGUUCAAUGAGCAGCGCUAACAGACCGGAGAACUUUCAGAAAAUAUGAGAGAUUUAAAUUUGAGAAAAAAUACAUUGUGGGUUUCCUGUUAGCUUGUUAGCUUCACAUGCUAAAUGUUAGCUCAAGGCUGUUUGUUCAGUGAGCAGUGCUAACAAUGCUAACAGAGCUAACAAUGUGGAGAACAUUUAGAAAUUUAAUUUUAAAAAAAAGAAUUUAUUUUUGAGAAAAAAAGAAUUUAUUUUUGCCAUCAUGGUUUUUCUGUUAGCACGUUAGCUAACACACACAACUUACCUCACUGUUAGCUUGAGGCUAACAACACCCUUUGUUUACAAUGAGCAAUGCUAACAGCGCUAACAAGACCAUUUACUAACCAAAUAUGUUAAAAAAAAAAAAGAUUUAAAUCUGAGAAUAAAUCUCUUAUUUUGGCGUUGUGGUUUUCCUGUUAGCUUGUUAGCAUGUUAGCUUUAGUUCUGCACAUGCUAACAGUUAGCUGGUGGCUAACUGAAGCUGCCUCAGAAUCACUUCCUGUUUGUUUGUGUGGACACUCGUUGAGUUUGUUGAAGUUGUCUGGAGUCAGCCAAUCAGGGAGAGGGGGCGUGGCCAGUCCCUGUUACUGCAGAGGGAUUUAUUUCUGUUGAUGUUCAAACUGUUAAUAAAGAUUAUGUUUCACCAGCA